UCCGCGGCGCAUGCGCGCGGCGCCGGCUCGCGAUUCCUCGUUGUCGCGCGUACUCGCGAACGUAUUUUCAGCACGUGCACAGAUGACAUAAUUAAGAUGCCGUGCAGUUUUAGAAAGUUCAUGCGUAUUAUUAAAUUCCUUUUGGCUGGAGGGACCGUGUUUUGUAUCAGCUGGAUUUUGAGUGUCAAUGAAUGGCACAGCGGCGUCCGCUGGGAGGAACGCCGUGGUUCCCCGGCGGUGCCGACUAUGAGGACCAUCGUGGCGUACUCGGAGGGCAAGCAAGCGGAGCUGGACAGACCUUCGCCGGUCACUUGCGAUCGGCUCCCGGCUUUCCCGAAAAUACCGUAUAUUAAUCGCACCUGGUUACCCGAUAUGGUUCACGAGUCCGGCUGGCAACAUGUAGCCGGGACUAGGGUCUCCCUUUACGCCGCCUACUACGACGAGAGGACACCGCAGCGGUACGUGCGAAUCUUGGCCAAAUUUCAAGGUCGCAAUAUCACCACAGAAGAACCGUUAUUUUGCCAAACACGCAUCCUCAAUCCAAACGAAGGUUCCGUGGAAGUAGUGGCAGCAAAACCAUUAGAAAUUUGGUGGCACGAAUGGGAUCUUUCAUUUUCAGAAGUUGAAACACCUCUUCUGCUCUCGUGCCCUUUGACAGAGAGUCUGUAUGGGCCAGCAGUUGUUUCAAUAGUCACUGAACCAUGCAAUAACCCUUCCAAUGCAUUUGCUUUAAAUUCAAAUGAAAAUAACUAUAAAUAUAAAAACUCGUUUACAAUAUGUGUUAAAGAUAUACAUUUUGAAAAUGAUGUUUCACAGAAUCUAGUAGAAUGGAUUGAAACAAAUAAAUUAUUAGGUGUGGAUGUUAUAGAUAUGUAUAUCGAUAAGAUAGAUAAACAAACAGAAAGAAUUCUUUUACACUACCGAGAGAAAGGUAACGUUAGAUUAUUUCAAGUUCCUAUUAAUAAUAAGCCAGGAAGAUCUCUUUGGCAGAGAAGAAGAGAUCAUAUAAUAACCUACAAUGAUUGCUUAUAUAGAAAUAUUCAUGAAUCUGAAUUUGUGAUUCCAUUAGACGUAGAUGAAAUUAUAUUACCGAAAAUAGCAAAAACUUUACCAGAGCUCAUAAAACGUCUAUUUAAGAAAGGAUGGGAUCCUAUGAAAAAUUCUGCCAUUUUGAUACAAAACGUUUUUUUCUUUGAUUUUAUGCAAGGAAUAGAUAAAUAUGAAUAUAGAAAAAUGCACAGCAAAAGUAAAGUCUAUGUAAAACGAGACGACGUCCGGAUCAAAAAAAGUCCAAAUGUAGAUAUAAGUGAUAUAGAACUAAUAGAUGAUACAAAUAGCAUUAACAAUGAAGUCAUAGAUGUUAGAGAAUUAGAUAAUGAUUUAUAUGACAAAUACAGAUCUAGGUGCGGAAGAGAUUUACUUACACCUAAACUAGUGAAAAACAUUGUGAGUUCUGCUAUAGUCAGUCCCGUGGGGUAUUACAGUAAGAGUCUUAUGUUAUCCAAAAAGGUGCUGACGGCGUUCAAUCACUAUCCUCUUGUGAGCCUGGGUGCGUCAGGUUUCGCCGGGUGGUCCGCAUCUUUCAGUGAAGUGCAGUUGAACCACUAUAAGGAAUCGUGCAACACGACGGUGGUGGCCGAGUGCGAGCGCUACGGAAGGCGCGCGCGCCUCGAUCGGGCCGCGCUGCGCCUGCGCAGACGCCUCACGCUCGCCCUAGCCAACGCCAUCUGCACUCAAAUAAACAUUACCUGA